UCAGUCGACCAUGGGAAGCAUGGCUACGGCUGCUGCUGCGAAGAAUAUAUUGUUUUGACUGUCGUCUGUUCGUCGCAUAUUGGAUCGACAUUGGACAGUCGAAAUGGCUGGAGUGGCUGGAUCGUCGAAAGAUAAGUACCGUGUGAAUGAGUAUGCCACCGAAUACUCGUCCAACUAUUGCAUCCACAAGGAAUUGUCGCUCAAAGAUCUGGACAAGUACAUGACCUAUACGGCCCCGAAAGCUCAUCCAGCUGAUUGGAACGUCGUUCGAAGGAAGCUCGUCGUGCUCGAUCUGAACGGCAUUCUGUGUCGAAUUUCUGGCGUCAAGAACAGACAGACAGAUUUUGAUAAGGUUAACGUGAAAGAGGACUGGAAAAAUCAGACUCUGGCGCUCAAAGUGCGACCGGACUUGUACCAGUUCCUCUCGCUCAUGCUCGAUACCUGUGACAUUGGCAUCUGGACGAGUAGGAAGUUAUACAACUUCGACCAGUUGUGGACAGCUCUGAGGGAUCUCAAAUGUGUCCCCGACAGAUGGGCAUUUGAGGGUGAAAGGAACUUGAAAGAGAUGCAAGCGUUUUCCAGAAACCCAUUCAGGCUAACGCAAGAGAACUGCGUUCCCAUCGAGGUGGGAACUGGUGAUGGAGGAGUGCUGUGGACGAAGCCGGUGAAGGAGCUGAGAGAUAUAUGGCCCGGGAGCGAGAGGGACAUACUUUUCGUCGAUGACUCGGUCGAGAAAAUGAGUUUGAACCAUCCAUACCAGGCAAUUUAUCCACCCAAGUGGGAAGUCACGAUGACAGAGGACAGAUUUCUGCUCGGUGCUCUGUAUCCGUUCAUCAAGAAGUGGGUCGAGAGUAUCGAACCCAUUUACUCGUUCGUGGAGAAAAAUCGUAAAAUGGUUCAGAGUAAAGACCAUAUUCCGGAAUUGGCCAAGUUUUGGAGACCUGUAAACUCGAAAUACCGAGACUACCUAUUUCGUGAUUGUCUCCACGUCGAACGACCCGUGUUCUUGAGAUGGUUCGACGAAGAAUGUCAGAAGCAAAAAACUGCGGCGUUGAAAGCUUAAGCUUCCUUCGCUCCGAUUUUGAUUCAUCAACUUCCCUUCCAUCGCCAUUAUCAUUCAUCAUUCAUCAUUCAUCAUCAUCAUGAGACUGACUAAUUUUGUUAUCAUCUUCUACUGACUCAGUCUCACAUUCACCUCUUAAUCCAUCGGAUGGCAGACGAUAUUUUACGUAUGUUCAGAUGCACGCACGAAUCCAGUCCAAUAAUUAUCAAGCUCUGCCAAUGAACAAGAUGACUCGGCGAGCAGAUAUAUAUGCACAUGUGCUAGUAUUGUGAACGUGUGAAUAGGUGAUAAUGAGGAGCGCACAGCUGCUAACAAUGUGCUCGAGUAUGAGUUCCUUCCUCCUUUCUUUUAUCAGUUUACCUCGGUCCCGGUCAAACGUGCAGCUCACACCGUUUUUGAUCUCCAUAUCUACACUGACCUUGAUUACGUGCCCAGUCAACUUUCUCCUCGAUGAUGCGAUGGGUUGAAACUCUUUUGCUCUCACAUUCAGAUCGAAAAUGUCGCCAUAGUUCCGGCGCCAGCAGAUUCUUCUAUUCGUGUUACAGCUCAGAUAUGGAGAGUGAGUGUUCCCGACU